AUGGUUCAUGAUAUAAAUACUACAGCAACACCAGAUAAAGCAUCUACAAUAGGUACUGGUGAUAUAUCAUUGGAUGAAAAACGUAAAAAAGUUGGAAAUUAUAUUAUUUUAAAAACACUCGGGGAAGGCAGUUUUGCUAAAGUACGAUUAGGUAUUCAUUUAAUUACUGAAAUGAAAGUUGCUGUUAAAGUUAUUAAUAAACGUGAAGUAUUUAAACGAAAUUAUUUACGAGCUAAUUUACGUCGUGAAGCAUCAAUGAUGCAACGUAUGUCACAUUCGAAUAUAGUACAAUUACAUGAAGUUAUGGAAACCGAAAAUUCCUAUUAUAUUGUUAUGGAUUUAGUUCAAGGAAAUGAGUUUGUUAAAUAUUUAACAAAAAAGAGACAAUUAGAUGAAAAUGAAACAAGAAAAUAUAUUCGACAAAUUGUUUCAGCUGUAGAUCAUAUGCAUCAUGCACGUGUUAUUCAUCGAGAUAUAAAAUUACAAAAUUUUAUGCUUGAUCAAAAUAAUGAUAUUGUUAUUAUUGAUUUUGGUCUAAGUAAUUGUCUUGAUGAAAAAGGUUUUUUAACUACUCAAUGUGGAUCACCAGCUUAUGCUGCUCCCGAAAUCUUUGCACAUCAAGAAUAUGGUCCAGCUGUCGAUAUUUGGAGUAUUGGUGUUAAUAUGUAUGCUAUGUUAGUUGGUAGACUUCCAUUUAAAGUUGAACAUCGUAGUCGAAAUCUUGCUAAACUUCAUGCAUGUAUUCUUAAAGGUUGUGAAAUACCAAAUACACUUUCAAGAGAUUGUCAAGAUUUAUUAUCAAGAUUAUUAGAACCAUCACCAACAAAACGAAUAUCAAUGCAAGAAAUUCUUCGUCAUCCAUUUUUAACAUCUCAAUUAGGACCUAUUCCACUGACACCAUAUAAACCGCAUUGUGAUACACGAGAAAUUAAUAGAAAUAUUACGAAAUAUCUUGCAUUCAAACAUGGUUUUACAGAACAAGAAAUUGAAGAAGCUGUCUUAUAUCGAAAGCCAAUUGCAUCUCGAGCAUUGUAUACAUUAGUUGAACGACGUCUUCACGAAGGUCUCGGUUGGCCCGAUCGAACAUAUAAUAAUUCAGUAACAGGUAUGUCAUCAACAACAGGUGGUGCUACGGGUGAUGGUUCAUCAGAUGUUAUAAUACUCGAUAAACUUGAUCGACAUGAACCUUUAUUACCUAGUCGACGUGUAUUACCUCGUCAAUCAUCUUCAUUAGUAAAUAAUCCUAAUAAAAUUUGUCGAGAAAAAUCAAAUUAUGCUUUUGAUGAACAACUUUUUGUACGAGCAAAUACCGGUGCUAGUAGUAUUACUGCUGGUUUAACACAAGAAGCAUUAAAUGAAUUAGUACCAGCAUCACGAUUAACAUCACGAAAAUCAUAUCAUGAUAUUGUUUUAAGAAAAACUUCAGCUGCGGGUGGUACUCAUGGUGAUUUAAUCAAUGAACAUAUUGGUACACGACGAGUCAUAAAUGCAAAUAGUCUUGCACCUAUAAAACCUUCUAUAACCACACAACGAGGAAAUAUUUUAAUAUUACAGCAACAACAACAACAUCAUCAUCAACAACAACAAAAAUUUAAACCGCGUAGUUUACCAAAUUCAACACUUGAUCAUGCUAAUCAAAAUGGUUUUCAUUUACCACAUGAUCCAUAUGGUUCUCGUACAUCAAAAAAUCCUAGUCGAACAUCACAUUUUGAACAUCCAAAAAAACAUCAACAAAAUUCACCAAUACGUUAUAAUCCUGCUCCAUCAGUAACAGUAAAAGCAAUUGGAUUAUUCAUUAAAAAUUCUGGUUUAAAUUCACGUGUUAGUUCAUGUAGUAGUAGGUCAUCAAAAAGUACCGGUGGUGGAGGACUUGAUGUUCAACAAGCAUCACCACCAUUAAAAUUUUAUCCAAAUAAUAAACAGACAAUAAUUAAUUAUCAUUCGCAAGGAAAUUUAACAUCGACAGGUACAACAAGACAAACAUUAGUUAGAACAGCUGGGUCACCUCAUCAUAUAUCAUCAAAAAAAGUUCCACAUACAUCAGCCACUGGCGGACAAAAAUUAAUGCCGACUUAG